AGAGGCACGGAGACGCAGCAGAGAGCAUCAAGGCGACUUCAUCUGGGAACAAAUCAAUAAAACAAGUUGGAGAAACAGGGAUACUCGGUGCGGGGGUUGAAACAACAACAACAACAACAACAACGAGAACAAGAGAACGAAUCGGAAGAGGUACUUUCUGCGCGCGGACAUACAAUGAAAGGGUUACCUGGCUGCAUUUUGGAUUUGGAGUCUUUUAUUGCACCGCUGCGACUUUGACACACGAGUUGCGCAGUCUCUCUAGGAGUUUGUUUGUUGGGGAGGAAUUUCAGGCAACACGACAUUAAACUUGAGUUGGACCUCCAGGAACAUUGGAAAGGAAGACACAAAAAGAACCACCGCCACCAUGGACAAGGACCAGUGCUACUACAACGAGACCAUCGCCUUCUUCUACAACCACAGUGGCAAGUACCUGGCCACCGACUGGAACACCGUCAGCAGGCUGGUGAUGGGCCUGGGCAUCACCGUGUGCAUCUUCAUCAUGCUCGCCAACCUCCUGGUGAUGAUCGCCAUCUACGUCAACAGGAGAUUCCACUUCCCCAUCUACUACCUGAUGGCCAACCUGGCGGCUGCCGACUUCUUCGCCGGACUGGCCUACUUCUAUUUGAUGUUCAACACGGGGCCCAACACCAGGCGCCUGACCGUGUCCACCUGGCUGCUGCGCCAGGGCUUGAUCGACACCAGCCUCACGGCCUCCGUGGCCAACCUGCUCGCCAUCGCCAUCGAGCGCCACAUCACCGUGUUCCGCAUGCAGCUGCACACGCGCAUGAGCAACCGCCGCGUGGUGGUGGUGAUCGUCAUCAUCUGGACCAUGUCCAUCGCCAUGGGGGCCAUCCCCAGCCUGGGCUGGAACUGCAUCUGCAGUCUGGAGAACUGUUCCAACAUGGCGCCGCUUUACAGCAACUCCUACCUGGUCUUCUGGGCGGUGUUUAACCUCGUGACCUUCGUUGUCAUGGUGACGCUCUACGCCCACAUCUUUGUCUAUGUGCGCCAGAGGACCAUGAGGAUGUCGCGGCACAGCUCCGGGCCCCGGCGCAACCGAGACACCAUGAUGUCCCUGCUGAAAACCGUGGUGAUUGUGUUGGGCGCGUUCAUCGUCUGCUGGACCCCCGGCCUGGUCAUCCUCCUCCUCGACGUCUUCUGCGUCAACUGCAACGUCCUCACCUACGAGAAGUUCUUCCUGCUCCUCGCCGAGUUCAACUCGGCCAUGAACCCCAUCAUCUACUCCUACCGCGACAAGGAGAUGAGCGCCACCUUCAGGCAGAUCCUGUGCUGCCAGCGGCAGGAGAACGUCAACGGGGCGGUGGCCGAGGGCUCCGACCGGUCGGCGUCGUCCGUCAACCACACGGUGCUGAGCGGUGCCGCGCACAACCACCACCACCAGCACCAGCAGCUCCAGCAGCACCACAACCACCACAACAACGAACACUCGGUGGUGUAAAAAAAUGAAAACCGGCUGGAGAUUACGGGGGGGGGAUUAAUCCAGCUGCUUGAAGAAGGUAAAUUAGUGCUGGAGAUACUGACUGAGAGAAGAUGAGCGGGAAGGUCGAGAGGGACUGCGAACAUGAAACGAACUAAAGACCGCAAGGUGAGAACUUGCAUGAUGAAGAUGGGGGGAGGAGUUGAUGACGAGCUGGAUGAGAUCGCAGUGAAGAAGAGGACGGCGACUUCGAUAACUCCGAAAGGCUGUUAGUAUUUCUGCUUAGUUGUUUAUUAAUUGUUUUGAAUGUGUUGUCAUGCACAGUGCUGACAUGAACUAUUUAAAAGUAAUCUGUGAAAUGAAGGUAAUGCCAGUACUCCAGUGUUCUCUAACUUUGUGUCCUGUAAUUUCAGACUUCUUCCCCAUUCUUAAGAAAGAUGUCUUUACAUCAUACAGACCUGUUACAUUCAGACAGCAUCACACUACCAUCAGACUCUUUUCAGAACACUUCUUUUUCUUUUAUGUUUGGGAGGAACGAUAGCAAAAUAUAUAUAUUUUUUCUCAAAAGUAUUUGGAUCCAUUUGCGGAGGUUUUAACUGUUCCAAAAUGCGGGCGUCAAAGUGAAACAUGUACGGGACAUCCUGCUGAUGCCCAUAAGAUAAAUUAAUAUAUCAAUACUGGGAUGUUUAACAUGUUUAGCGACCUAUCAGAAAUAACCAUUAUGGAUUGUUUAAGUAACCAGAGCCGUUAUUCAUUUCCGCAGCAGAAAGUGACCUCGCGACCUCAACUUUAGAGAAUCUUCUUCCUUUCGUCCAAUUUAAAUACAUGAGGCAUCCGGGAUCUGUUGUUUGUUCCCUCUAAGGAAUUAGAGACAAGUUGUUCCAGGGAUCUCACCAAAAAAGGGGAGGAUGUUUGCGUUUUUCGAAUAGGCCCCGUGCCACGGUGUUAUGUGGAGACAAGGUGAUGGUCAUCCCCGCUGAAUGCUAGCAGACUCCGGGUCAUGACUUGAAGUGCGCCGAGCUGUCUGCCUCUCGUGGGUUUUUUGCGAAGCGUCUCGGCGAGACUCAAAAGAUUAUUACGUGAAAGCACAAUUCAACGGGAAUGUGAAAGUACAAUUGAAUGUUUCCUGAUUGUGAGAGGUGACAGGGUGGGCCGUAAACAUCUGUUUUCCCUUUUGGACGUACCUGAAGAUAGAAUCGGUGCCUGCUUGUUCUUGGCAAACUCAAAAGGUUACGGUAGUCUAUCUGACAGUUAUAUAUAUGAAGUUAUAUUUCAGUCUGGACCAAUGAGGUCGACUGACCCACAGACUGACAGCCCAAGAGCAUUGCCUUACAUAGAGCCACAUUGCAAGCCAAUAAAAGUCCAGUUUGCAAUUGGUCAGUGGUCAAUCUUUCCAUUGUGUUCAAAAAAUGAUCAUUAUUAUCAUUUGAAGAAAACCCUGCCUACUAAAUGUAACUGAUGAGCACCAUUUCAGCUCAGCCGCUAAUAAAUAUUAGCUGAAAAUCCCAAAACACCAAUUUGCAUCUGUUAUGCAAUAUUCAUUACAAUUCCCAUAAUUUUCAUAUGGGGAAAGUUUUCUCCUACAUUACUAUAGUCUUUAGAAACACUCGAAGGAAAGUAUGUAAAUAUCGUUCCUGUUAACCAGAAACUGAAUGUCAUGUCCACAUUUUUUUCUUUUGUUGCUGCGGCAGUGUUAUUGGUGAUAUGCUGCAAUACACAUUUCCAUCCAAAAAUAAUAUAUGACGUUUGAUUUAUGUCACUACAAGAUGGUUGGAGUAAUGAAAAUGUUGUUGUUUUUGUGAACGAGUUGUUAUUUGCAAAUUCUGCCGAUACAAAUAAUCCCCCAACAAUUCUGUAUCUCUGCCUCACCCUCCUCAUGGCGUCUUGACCAGAGGGACACGCCUUGCGUUUAAAGCGUCCCAGGGAUUUAAAGGUGCAGCGUGUAAGAUCUGGCGCCGCCUAGUGGCGAGGUUGCCCACUGUAACCGACUGAAACUUCUUCCCCUUGUCAAGCGCGUAGGGGAAAUUCGGUGGCCGGCGCACAAAAUCUAGAGCCAGAGAUUGGUUGGUCCAAUCUGGGCUCCUGUAGAAAUGCAGCGGCCUGCUCCGUAAAGAGGACCAAGAACUUUCCUCAUUCUGAGGUCAACAAAAACAAAACAAUUCUCUUUUUCGGGUGGUUUUCCCUUUAAAAAGAAUACUGUACAUCCUGCAAACGCUACACGCCGUAACCGUAAGGUGGCACAUUUUACAGAUUGGACUCUGUACUUGUCUCAUGUGUAUCCUGGUCACAGUGGGGUUCUGAUCACGUUGAUAUUUAUUGGAACAACUGUAUAGACUUUCUUUUUUUUGCCAUAACACAACAUUAAUAACUUUUGGUAGUCUCUUUCUUUUUUAAAAGGCACUGAGUCUUCAGGCAAUACUCUUGAAGAAUGAUGAUAUCUUAUUUCCUCCACCGUCUGCUAUUAACUUGAGACUCCACUGAAGUCAGUCGUCCUAGUGAUGCUGUGACGUACGUUGUUAGAAAUCGCCAGCUGAACGUUUUUAGUUUUCUUUGUCGUGACUCGAAUCAAAACACAUUUUGGCCAAAAUACAUAGACCAAGCUCCAAACAAGCAACCAGAAAAGGGAGAACCGCUGCCAAAAGCACAGAUGUUUUCCAGGAAGCAAGAUGUGUGUCAGGGGUUUAAGCUGCAGCGCUGAAAUGAAGUCAGCUGGUGUGUUUGUGCCUGUCGGAGUUGGUCAACAUGUCGCCCUGUUUAUGAGACAGCCUUAAGUUCUUUUAUCUAGAAGGAUAAAAGACUUAAGCUGAUUCUAUUUGUCACUGCUUCACGGCCUUUAAAUCUACGAGUUGUGCCUUUACACUUAGAAAAGAAUAUAUAAAAAGUUACACCGCGAAAACUCAACAAUCUUAGAUAUUUUCUUCUGAGACCAUUAAACUUAAUUCCUUUAGUUUUGCCUUUAAGCUUGACCAGGGGUCCCCAAACUUUUUCCUGAGAGGGCCACAUAACGUUUCCCUUGUCUGCUGGAGGGCCAGCUGUAAGCACUGCGCGUGCAGACAGCAUUUAACGGAGCGGAGCAGCGCGUGCGCGCUGAUCGCUCUUUUAAUGAAGUAUCGAUACUAAAAAUAUGCUAAAUCACAUCGUUUUUAACGUACGGGUACUUUGUUAGUAUCGCUACACCGUGCAGCGUGACAGCAGUAGAUGUAGCGGACUAACAUUCAAGCUAACCUAACUUCCCAAACGCUGUGGACAUCUGAACGCUGAUUGGCCGAGACGCGACACGUCCCAUCAAAGAUGUUUUACUGCGAAGAGUACCACUUCACAUUUUCUCCGCGUCUCACUGCAAUCUCAACGGCAGCGGGCCAGGUGAAAAAAAUAAUAAAUCGGAACGCGUCUCUGGUAUUGUUCAGGGGGCCGGUCCAAAUAUGGAGGCGGGCCGGAUUCGGCCCGCGGGCCGUAGUUUGGGGACCACUGAGCUUGACCAUCCUUUACUUUUGUUAACUUCACAACCCUCCAUAUUUGACAUUUAUUUUCACCAUAUUUCUCAAAGUAACGCUUCAGGUUAUAUAUUAAAAAAACAACUAAACGUUCUUUCUUUGUAUGCCUCUGUUUACCAGUGUGUCAUUCUUUUGUACACCGUUGUAAGUAUAUGUGUACAGUGUGUAUGUAUAUAAAAUAUAUUAUUCAAAGUUAAUCACCAAAGGGAAAGUGUUUUUGUGUUUGUAAAUUUACAUGUUUAUAAUCUGUCCAAACGUACUGUAGGAUUUUGUUUAUGGUUAUUGUGACAUAAGCUCUUUUGUGUUGUGAGCCUAAUUAAUGCAUUUCCUGUAGACUAUUACGGUUAUUAACUUGUUUGUGACCCAGAACUAGAUAUCGAUGCUUGCAGUGCCUUCCAGUGCCCCUCCUGAAAGUGUAACAUAAAACAGUGGUUUUUUACCGCCAUUUCUGGAUUAAGGUGUGCGUCGUUGCACCUGUAGUCACACCCAUCAGUGAUGUCACCGUGUCCCGGAGUACGCGGACAGUUGAACCAGUGGCGGUCAGCGAAUACAAGAUCUCCCGGUGGUUUUAACGACUCUUUAUUUUGUGUGUGUUGCUGACAACAUAAUUUAAAAAUUUAAAAGUACAGCAAAGUCAAAAUUGUUACUUUUACGGAAAGUUUGAUGUAUGUUUUUUACUUACAUUUUCACAGCCUCAAAACAUUAUAUUACAUGAGCACAAGCUCUUAAAUACAGAUGUCAAAACACCUCCCAUUAUUUUCUAUGUGAGUCCACACGUCAAAGUCCCUUUCCCAGCUUCAAUGUACCUUUCCUGAAAAACUGUUUCAUCGCGUUAGCUCCCCAGAUCAGCGCAUCCCUGCCAGUUUUAUCACGUUAGCUCCCCAGAUCAGGGCAUCCCUGCCAGUUUUAUCACGUUAGCUCCCUAGAUCAGCACAUCCCUGCCAGUUUUAUCAUGUUAGCUCUCUAGAUCAGCAGAUCCCUGCCAGCGUAUCCUGACUACUUCUGCCUUUAUUGUGUUGCACUCAAUAAAUGUUGUCAUUUUCAUACGAAAAACUGUUAAUACCCAAAGUGUUUUCACAGAAUGAUUAUAUGUAUGCCAUCAGAAGCAACCGGCGAGAUCUUCCUUACCUGUUCUUCCGAACUGAAACAUUUGCUUUCAGAUGUUUUUUUGUUGUCACGCCUUAGAUUUAACAAACCGUGUACCAGUUGUUUGUGGAACGUAAACGUGAUUUCCAUACUAUCUAUACACUGUACGGGUCCAAUAUCAAUAAAUGUCCACCCAGAGUCAUAGUGUUGAUAUCCCAACAACAAUAAAAACAUGAGAAAAGUCUGAA